AAUAUAAAGAGGAUAAAUCAUAUAUUUAUUACAAACUUUAAGGUCGUUUUUAUGUUGGUGGAAUUAAACGUGUUCCCAAAGAAGAGCAGAGAAAUCUCCGAAUAAAAGAGCGACUGUCUGAGUUCACAGGAGAAUCUUCAGAAAUGAGUUUUUACAGAAUCCAAUCUGAUCAGGAAGUCUUCAAUCCGAUUAGAAAACAAGAUCCGUUUCCAGCAGAAAACCAGCUGAUAGUGGCUGAUGACGUCAUGCAGGAACUAAUUAGAAACAUUUACCCGCCAGAGCACACAUUCAGAGUUUCAAAAGUUUAGAAUAAUCGUGACUUUGAUUUAGAAUUCUGUUCUGUUUUGUAUUUUUAUAGUUUUGUAUGUUUUCACCACAUCGGCGCAUGCGCAGUCCUGUUAGCGGCGGGAUUUGUUCCGCGGAAACAACCGUCCGUGAACCGCGGAGCUCCCGGUUUGUCUCCGCCUGACAGGGUCACGUGACUGAGGCUUCUCCGCCGCGCGCGUGCCUGGAGGACGCAGACAGACGUCGCGCUGCGUCAUCUUGGCGCCCCCACCCCCUCUGGCCCCCUCCCCGCAUCAUUGUGGACGGCGGAGCAACAGGAACACCUCCUCCUCCUCGUCCUCCUCCUCCUCGUCCUCCCGCUGAGGGUCACAGCCUUCUCCUCCUCCCGCUCCGCUCCUGGAUGUCUGCUCCCCCGCGCGCCUGUGAGACCCGGCUGAACGACCAGGUGGUGGGCUACAAAGACCUGGCGGCGCUGCCCAGAGACAAAGCCAUCCUGCAGGUGGAGCGGCCCGACCUGAUGACCUACCAGCCUCACCUGAGCUUCUCCCCGCUCGACCUUCCCCGCAGAGAGCGCUCGCUCUCUCCUCCCGCCAUGUCGCCCGCCGUGUCUCCUGAGGUGAAAGGUCGGCGAGCGGAGAGCGAGAGCGGCUCACCUGGAGGAUCCACGCUGCAGCUGCAGGCCGGACGCAAGAUCAGCACCAGCCUGCAGCACUUCCACCACCCAGAUAACGGCACCAACAUCUACAGGAAGCCCCCCAUCUACAAACAGGACGCCCUCAAACACGGCGAGGGCAGCAGCGUGGUCAAGUCCGCCAAGUUCCCCGCCGCCCAGCCCCCCGACCCCAACAUGCCCUCCAAGAUCGAGACCGAGUACUGGCCCUGCCCCCCCUCGCUGGCCGCCAUGGAGAUCGAGUGGAAGAAGAAGAAGCUGCAGGAGGAAGACGAGUUUGAAGACCUGAGCGAAGAAGCAGAGACGCUGCAGGAGCAGGAGCUGCAGAAGAUCCAGUCCAACCUGGGCCGCCUGAUCCUGAAGGAGGAGAAGGAAAAAGCUGUCAACUUCCGGAGGAAGACACAGUCCCUUCCUGACAGGACGCACAUGCACGGCAGUUUGUCUGCAGGUUCUUCAAAGUCUCCGUCACGUUCGGCUCUGACCAGAAUGCAGUCGGCAGAGUUUUCCACAGAUGGAGACAAAGGUCCAGCAGCAGCUGCUCAGAACGGAGAGUCUCGGCGGGAACGCAUGGACCGAGGAAACUCUCUGCCCAGCAUCCUGGAGCAGAAGAUUCUUCCCUACGAGGCCCUGAUUGUGACCCACAGGGGGCGCUCCAAGCUGCCCCCCGGAGUGGACCGCACCCGUCUGGAGAGGCACCUGUCGGCGGAGGACUUCCAGCGCGUGUUCGGGAUGCCCGUGGCCGAGUUCGACCGUCUGUCGCUAUGGAGACGAAAUGAACUGAAGAAGAAAGCCUCGCUUUUCUAACAGGAAGUGACCUCGUUCUCAGUGAUACUUGAAGCUCUGAUUGGACCAGGAGGAACCGGGUCGGAACUUCAGAUCUCCAGCCGGGCUCGUACUAACCAACCGGAGGAGCAUCCCGACCUGGACCGAGCCGCUGACCUGCU